UGGGUCUCGUUCUCUGGCUUUCCUCACAGUAUGGCCCCCAAACGCCAGUCUUCACUCCCACCUCAAACGAAGAAACCAAGACUGCCUCCUGCCCCCAAGCCGGAGAAGACAUCGACCUCUCUGGACUUGCCGAAGGGAGAAAAAGAACAGCAAGAAGCAAUUGAACAUAUUGAUGAAGUACAAAAUGAAAUAGACAGACUUAAUGAACAAGCCAGUGAGGAGAUUUUGAAAGUAGAACAGAAAUAUAACAAACUCCGCCAACCAUUUUUUCAGAAGAGGUCCGAAUUGAUCGCCAAAAUCCCAAAUUUUUGGGUAACAACAUUUGUCAACCAUCCACAAGUGUCUGCACUGCUUGGGGAAGAAGAUGAAGAAGCGCUGCAUUAUUUGACAAGAGUUGAAGUGACAGAAUUUGAAGAUAUAAAAUCAGGUUACAGAAUAGAUUUUUAUUUUGAUGAAAAUCCUUACUUCGAAAAUAAAGUUCUCUCCAAAGAAUUUCAUCUGAAUGAGAGUGGUGAUCCAUCUUCAAAGUCCACUGAAAUCAAAUGGAAAUCUGGAAAGGAUUUGACGAAACGUUCAAGUCAAACACAGAAUAAAGCCAGCAGGAAGAGACAGCAUGAGGAACCAGAGAGCUUCUUUACCUGGUUUACUGACCAUUCUGAUGCAGGUGCAGACGAGUUAGGAGAAGUCAUCAAAGAUGAUAUUUGGCCAAAUCCGCUACAAUACUACUUGGUUCCUGACAUGGAUGAUGAAGAAGGGGAAGGAGAAGAAGAUGAUGAUGAUGAUGAAGAAGAAGAAGGGUUGGAAGAUAUUGAUGAAGAAGGGGAUGAGGAUGAAGGUGAAGAAGAUGAAGAUGAUGAUGAGGGGGAGGAAGGAGAGGAAGAUGAAGGAGAAGAUGACUAAUGGAACAUUGAUGGAUUCCAACCUUUUUUAAUUUUCUCCAGUCCCUGGGAGCAAGUUGCAGUCUUUUUUUUUUUUCCUCUUGUGCUCAGUCGCCCUGUUUUUGAGGUCUCUUUUCUCUCCUUUACACCAUGGUUCUCACCUUAUUUUGGGGGAAAUAAUUUCAGCAGAAUACAUUGGGAAAAGAAUCUCUGCCCCUUUCUGUUCCAAAUUCAUUUUUAUCCCUUCCUGUCGCAACAAAAACUUUAUGGAAUCAACACCACCGUGCUCUGUGGGAAAAAAGAAAAACCUUCUGCUCCCUUAGCUCUGCUGGAAGCUGGAGGGUGCUAGGCCCCUGUGUAGUAGUGCAUAGAAUUCUAGCUUUUUUCCUCCUUUCUCUGUAUAUUGGGCUCAGAGAUUACACUGUGUCUCUAUGUGAAUAUGGACAGUUAGCAUUUACCAACAUGUACCUGUCUACUUUCUCUUGUUUAAAAAAAGAAAAAAAAAA